UUUGAUAGGAAAUAAAAAAGAAGGAAAAAGACCCUUGUAUAAAUACAAGUCUCCUCAAAACAGCGACCUUGAUUAGCCUGUGCCUGCUUACACCUUCAGGGACUACUGCUUUCAAAAGUCCAUUGUACUAUUGUUGUUGAGCUUGCCAUUCCAAAGUUUGAUCAUUAGACAAUGAAAGCCCGGAGAGGAAAGCGGUCUGAGGCAUUCUGGCCUUCCAUUAUGAUGAAGAAAUGGCUCAACAUCAAGCCGCAGGUGUAUGAUUUCAGUGAAGAUGAGGUCGACACCGAAACCGAGAGCGAAGAUGAUGCUUCCUCUGUUAAAGAUGAAAGAGUUCAUCGAAGCGGUAAUUAUGCUCACGCUGUGAAGAGGAACCAACCUGAAUGUCCAAAUCCAACUUCAGAAUCACAUGUGAAGUGCUCUCAGUUCAGACACAGAAGAGGGAAGUCGGAGACUUUGCGCGUUCAGUACAUUAAUACAAAGGAUGUGAGGGUGGCUAUAGGCACCUGGAAUGUUGCUGGGAGACCUCCAAAUGAGGAUCUUGAGAUCGAUGACUGGCUUUGCACAAAAGAACCAGCAGAUAUGUACAUCAUUGGGUUCCAGGAAGUGGUUCCGUUGAACGCUGGCAAUGUGUUUGGAGCAGAGGAUAGCAGGCCGAUACCGAAAUGGGAGGCUAUCAUCCGUAGAACCUUGAACAAACCUUUGGAACUUGAAAGUAGGCACAAGAGCUACAGCGCUCCACCCUCUCCAGGGCUAAGAACUUCCUCCGCUGCUGAUUCGCUAGCAGAUGAGGCAGAGAGUCACGCAUUUGAGAUGAUGAGCGAGCAAAAUGCUGGAACAAGCUGUGACUUUGACCUUGACCCGCAAAACUUCCAAGAAAUGAUGGGUUUGGGGAGGAAUUUACAUAUAAGGAGGAUAUUUAGCAAAGACACCCUCAGUCAAUUUGACUGGCCUGAACGUCCACUGGAUACAACUCCUCAAAUCUCUGCCGGCGCCAAAUUGCGAAGAGUACUGAGUAGUUCUGCGAGGAUUGGCUCUACAUGGACAGAUACUUCUUUACUUAGUUCUCAAAACUUUGUCGUUAACGGCAGCCCACUAAGGAGAUCAUACAGGAGCUCUGGAAAUCUGGGAUUGGCUCUGACGGAGGCGCAACAAAUACCCGAUGUCCUCGAUUCCCCUCUUGAUGCUAUAGAUAGUUAUUCAGAGGAAGAAGACGAUAGUUUUGUGGAAACAAUUCCACUGCAGCAUGUGAAUGAAGUAAUGAAAGAUAAGGCGAAGCAACGCCCUACAUAUGUUCGAAUAGUCAGCAAGCAGAUGGUGGGAAUAUACAUUUCGAUCUGGGUGCGUAGGAGGUUGAGGAGACACAUAAACAAUCUCAAAGUCUCUCCCGUCGGAGUCGGCCUCAUGGGCUACAUGGGAAAUAAGGGAUCUGUAUCUGUGAGCAUGUCACUUUUUCAGUCAUCGAUAUGCUUUGUCUGUUCUCACCUGACCUCCGGUCAGAAGGAUGGAGCUGAACAAAGACGCAAUUCCGAUGUGAAUGAGAUCCUGCACCGCACUCGUUUCUCAUCAAUGUUCGAUUCUGAUCAACCACAGACAAUUCCAUGUCACGAUCAGGUAUUCUGGUUUGGAGAUUUAAAUUACCGUCUCAAUACGUUGGAUGCGGAAGUAAGAAAGCUUGUUGCUAAGAAACAGUGGGAUGAACUCAUCAACUAUGAUCAGUUAAGCAGAGAACUCCGCAAAGGACAUGUUUUCGAGGAAUGGAAAGAAGGCAUGAUAAACUUUCCGCCCACUUACAAAUAUGAAAUCAACUCUGACAGAUACGUUGGCCAGAACCCAAGAGAAGGGGAAAAAAUAAGAUCGCCGGCAUGGUGCGACCGGAUACUAUGGCUGGGAAAAGGAGUAAAGCAACUUUCUUACAAACGAGCAGAUAUAAGGCUCUCGGAUCAUCGGCCGGUCAGUUCAAUCUUCUCAGUGAAAGUCGAAGUUCUGGAUCAUCGGAAGCUCCAGAGGGCUAUCAAUUUCAUGAGUGCUGCAAUACACCCUGAACCGCUGCUGGAUGAAGAUUGAAUUAUAAUCUGGAAAUUGCAGGAUUAAAGAUUUUGCAGUGACCGGACUUUUUUUUCUUCUGGAGAGGGACAUCUUCAUAGGGUCAGAACACACCAAGUUUUCGAUUUUAGAGUGCUGGUAUACAGGGCUUGAGGUUUGCUGGUGCACAGUACUUUGAUUUGUAAAUCUAGAUAGCUAACUUAAAGGGGCAAAAGGAUUGUAGGAACUUGCUGACAAAUUUUUUCAUCAGCGGGAAUCUACAUCUGUCUACCAUUUUCCCAUCCGAUUUUAUUGGAGAACUCUCGUAAAUUAAGACAACAUUCUUCAUGUUUUACUCGUCCAUCGUAAUGAGAGAAAAUUUCAUGGGCCAA